CUAGAAAAUAAUACACAGCCAACAUUCAAACACAGUAUAUAUAUAUACACGUACUGAUACAAUUAAGAAAUAAUCAUACACAAAGCUCAUAAUAAUUGGACCUAUCUUGAUUCUUGGAAGUAAAGCAAAAUAAUAAUGGGAGCUGCGCAUUUAAUAAAUUUUCGACUCCUAGUUUGGGGAAUUGUUAUCAUUCCUGCAUUAAGCCAAGGAGCAUUAAAAACUGGGUUUUAUUCUUCAUCAUGUCAAAAAGCUGAAUCCAUAGUCAGAUCCACAGUGGAAUCACAUUUCAAUAAAGAUCCUACUGUUGCAGCGGGAUUGCUUAGGCUUCAUUUCCAUGAUUGCUUUGUUCAAGGUUGUGACGGCUCAAUUUUGAUUGCUGGGGCUUCCGCUGAAAAAACCGCGAGGCCUAAUGCAGGGUUGCGAGGAUUUGAAGUGAUUGAUGAUGCGAAAUCGCAGCUGGAGGGUUUGUGCCCGGGGGUUGUCUCAUGUGCCGAUAUUCUAGCAUUGGCUGCUCGGGAUGCAGUCGACUUGAGUGGAGGUCCAAGUUGGGGUGUGCCUACUGGAAGAAGAGAUGGUCGUAUCUCUUCAUCGGCUGAGGCCUCGAGUUUGCCUACGCCGUUGGAUCCUGUUCCUACCCAGAAACAGAAGUUUGCAUCGAAAGGCCUUGAUGAUCAUGAUCUUGUCACACUAGUUGGGGCACAUACCAUUGGCCAAACGGACUGUCUUUUCUUCCAAUAUCGUCUAUACAACUUCACAAGUACUGGGAAUUCAGACCCAAGCAUUAACCAAGCAUUCUUGGUACAGUUACAAUCUACUUGUCCUAAAAAUGGUGAUGGCUCAAAAAGGGUGGCUCUAGACAAAGAUAGCCAGUUCAAAUUCGAUGUAAGCUUCUUCAAGAAUGUAAGGGAUGGAAAUGGGAUUCUUGAAUCGGAUCAGAGGCUCUGGGGAGAUUCUUCAACACGUCGAAUUGUAGAGAAUUAUGCAGGAAGCAUAAGAGGGUUACUUGGUUUAAGAUUUGAUUUUGAGUUUCCAAAGGCAAUGAUCAAAAUGAGUAGCAUUGAAGUUAAGACUGGUACACAGGGGGAGAUCAGAAAGAUAUGUUCCAAGUUAAAUUAAAAUCCAGACAAGUGGACAACGUGUGUAUUCCUAUGUCCAUUUUCACUUCUGUAAUUGACGAUAUUGAAUUUGUAUCCUAAACUAUAGUCUUAGCGGGUUAAAAAUAUUAGAGAUCACCAAAUUUUUAGCAAAGAUUCGUAUUAUGUAUAAAACAUUUAAGCCUUUUUGUUAACAGUGGGUUACUCAUCCAUAUAUAAACAAGAAAUUUUCUUAAA